AUGAAGACGCUGGUGGUGUUCCUGCUCCUCGUGAACGGUUCCCAGCAUGCCCUGGCUGAGGUGGUGGAAGUGUAUAAGGAGGCAAUGUCCGUCUUGGUGCCCUGCCAGUACUCGGGUAUUCUUCCUGAGAAGAAUCCCACAGUGAUGUGGACUCGUAACGAUCUUGAUCCCAAAUGUGUUCAUCUGCGACUAGAAGAAGGAGAUGAUCUCAAAAUGCAAAACCAGCGUUACAGGGGGCGCACAUCAAUGACGUCUGAUGCUCUGGAAACUGCAGACUUCAGCCUCACCAUCAGAAGACCAGAACUGAGCGACAGCGGCAUCUACACCUGUUCCGUCAGUGAUGGAAGAGAAGAACUGGGACAGAGAAACAUAGAGCUGAAGGUCAAAGACCAGCAGGUGGAGGUGAAAGUGGAGGAAAGCUCAGAGUCUGUCAUCCUACCCUGCAAAACAAGGCCUGACCUGCCUGAGGACACCACAGUGGAGUGGACUCGUUUUGAAGUAGAAUUCAUGUUAGUCCAUGUGCAUUCAAAGAGACGUGAGCACCUUAAGAAACAGGACGACCAUUACUGUGGUCGCACAAAGAUGAGCAAACAUCUGAUGACAACUGGAGACCUCAGUCUGACCCUGAAAUACCCCACACAGAGAGACACAGGAGGAUACAUCUGCACCAUCUACAGGGACAAAGACAUCCUGAGACAGAAAGUAGUGCUACAGAUCAAAGAAUCAUUUCCAUCCUGGGCCACAGCUCUGUUUGUUUUCUUGGUUCUCAUUUUAGUUGUUUCUGGGAUUCUCCUAUUUCAUUUCCGGCAGUAUUUCAUGUCGGAUUACUACGUGGUGGUGGAUUCAGGGGUGAAGUCUGUCCAGCUGCCCUGCAAAACCACAGGUCGCCUGCAUGAAGUUACAAAUGUGGAGUGGAAGGACAGAAACAACAGAAAGGUCUAUGUGUAUGAGAAUGGCUCUGACCAACCACAGGAACAGGACAUGUUUUACAGAGGCCGAAUGAAGAUGAAGAGAAACCUGCUUAAAUUUGGAGACUUCAGUCUGACCCUGGAGUACCCCGAAGAUGUUGACACAAACACCUACACCUGCACCAUAAGAAGUAAGGAGAACAUCCUGAUGAAGAAACACGUGCUGCUACAUGUCAGAGUCCCUCAGGUUGUGAAGGUAAAUUCAGGAGUAGAGUCUGUCCAGUUGCCCUGCAAAAACACAGAUCCUCUGCCCAAAGAUGCUAAGGUGGAGUGGACUUGCAUUUGCAAUCAGAGCAUAAAGGUUCAUGUGUAUCAGAACAAUUCUGACCAAUGUAGAGAACAAGACCAAAUUUACAGAGACCGAACAAAGAUGAAUGAAGACCUUCUGAAAACUGGAGACCUCAGUCUGACCUUGAAACACCCCACAGACUGGGACAAAAACAUCUACACCUGCACCGUCUACAGCAGGGAGGGAAACAUCCUGCUCAAGAAACAAGUGGAGCUAAAUGUACAAGUCUGUCAGGUGGAGGUAGAUGAGGGGGCGGAGUCUGUCCAGCUGCCCUUCAAAACCACAGAAAACCUGCCUGAAGAUAUUAAAGUGGUUUGGUGGGAUAGUGGUGACAGGAAGGUCCACGUGCCACAGAUUGGCAGCUUUGUGUCUGAAAAACAGCAUCAGGUUUACAGAGGGCGAACACAUAUGAAUAAAGACUGGAUGAAAGCUGGAGACCUCAGUCUGACUCUGAAAUACCCCACGGAGAGAGACUGUAGAGAAUACAGAUGUAAAGUCUAUGGAAAGAUCAAUAGAUACAAAAAAGUUCUUCUCACAAUUGAAGGACACUGA